AGCCUUCGGAGAGCUGUCAACACGGAAGCAAAAGUCUCCUCUCAACGCCAGGCCCAGGUGACAGGUGUGCCCAGGUGACAGUAUCGACAGCCCGCUAUCACCCGCUCUGCUCCCACUUGUUGACGCUCUACCUCACCCACCAGCAUCCAGAACCAUCCCACACAUCCUCCGCAACCAUGAGUGGCGCCGGCAAAGACUAUGACUACUUGAUAAAGUUCCUGGCUCUGGGGGACUCUGGGGUGGGCAAGACCAGCUUCCUCUACCACUACACCGAGGGAGUCUUCCAGCAGCAGUUCAUCUCCACUGUGGGCAUCGACUUCAGGGAAAAGAGACUGGUCUACCGAGGGGAGGGAGGCGGACCACCCCAAGGCGUCCACCUGCAGCUCUGGGACACAGCCGGACAGGAAAAGUUUCGUAGUUUAACCACAGCCUUUUAUCGGGAUGCCAUGGGCUUUCUCCUCCUCUUUGAUUUGACUAACGAACAGUCAUUCAUCGAUAUCAGGAAUUGGCUGGAGCAACUCAAGACACACGCCUACUGUGAGAACCCUGACAUAGUGCUCUGCGGAAACAAGGUGGACUUGGAGGAGCAUCGCAUUGUGGCGGAGGAGCGUGCGAAGGAGGUGGCACAGAAGUUUGGACUGACGUACGUUGAGACUUCUGCAGCUACUGGACAGAAUGUGGAGGUGGCAGUGAACCACCUGCUGGAUGCCGUCAUGAAGCGGAUGGCCCUGGCAGUGGACUCCAGCCUCUUGCCGGGACGGAGGGGUCGCUCCAAGGGUCUGAGGGCCUCGGACGAAGAUGGUUCCGAGAAGAAUGAUAGUAACUGUGCCUGUUAACAUGCUGAGCAGUGCUGGAUUGACUGGCUAACUGGCUGGUUGUCUAGAUACCUGACUGGCAGUUUUAUUUGCCAGUAGAGUGGCUGCCUAUCAGACUGGCUGAUUGGCUGACUAGCUCACUAAUCUGUCUGAUGGACUUGACUCUCUGGACCAGCCAAUUAACUUUGAUGAUUUAGUGUGGCUCUGUAAAGGUACUGCUUCUUCAUCCAGUCUGACCCGACACUUCUUGGCAACAGUUCCAUUACCUGGCGAGUCCCUUUUAAUGGGCUUUCUUGAGAUCUUUACUAAAUGAAGUCAUUCCUUCAGUGCUGUGCCAUACAAACUCAGGACUUCACCUUUUGACACUUAAAUCAUCUUUUUUACUAUCUCCUUUGGUAGUGUGUGGGAACAAAACAUCUAGUCCAUGAAUCUGUCGUUUCUUUAAUUUAGUAGACAUAUCCCACUGCGUCCAGCUCUUCGUGAUGUUGGUCACUUCCAGUGUAGUCUAUGUCACACAAUCAAACUGAGACCACUGUAUAUAAUAAGUAAGUGAUGCCUCCACACAAUCAAAAUUUAAUCUUAUGUUUUAUUUAAAUGAUGACAAAUGGCAGAAUGGCACACUAAAGGUAGGAUCACACGACCUGCAAAUAUUGUAAUUGUUGGCUGUUCUAGUUAGUUAUGGGCAAGACAGUUAAUUGCUGUGCUGGCAGGAGUGGACAUCAACAAUGCUGUGGCUCAAGGGAGGAGUUGUACCCAAAUGAGCUCACAGUUUGUUCACAGGUGAUGAAAAGGACCAAAUGUUGCCAAUUAAUUUAUUCUGGGUGAGUACCUUUUAGGUUCACUCCUGCUUGAUCAUCAAUUACUGCUGCUGAAAGAUCAACAACACUGUGUUCAUUUAUGGAAUAGACCAGUGACAAUAAUUAUGUCCGUCUCCUCAAAUUUUAAAAUCAAGACCUCUUGGCACAACACAUUCCUCUUGACAAGUUGGUAAGUAAUGACUAUUUGGCUGACAUGCCUCCUUCAGUUACUUAAUUUGUUUCUUUGGAGUAGAUAGGCCAAAGGCAAAACUAAAUAAAAAAAAUGCCUGUAACUUCCUGCUCCAUAUAAAAGAAGAUAGAGGAAAAUGCCAUUAAUCUGAUCAAACAGUUUCAGGGGUGUCUUGAAUAUAGUGUUCGAAAUACCUUUUUUUCGAUAUGCUGACUGAAAUCUGGUGUGAUGUCAGGUUGUUUGUAUUAUAUCAUUGUGAUGCAUGUCGGGGCCUUUGUGUCUUGGUGGCUGUGUCUUUCUGUAGUCUGUUCACACCUCAAGAGUCUUCCACUGUCAUGGUGCUUCCUGUCUUCCUUCACAUCACACACACACACACACAAAAAAAAAAAAAAAAAAAAAAAAAAAAUUGAGUGCUGCACUGCCAGGCUUCACAGCCUGACAGGCGGCAGUUCGAGCCCCGCUCAGGCUGGAAUCUUUCCGUUGACAAGAAGUGGUUACUGUCCUCCCUUGAGCAAGGGGGAUGGGGUGUGUGAAGUCCUGGCAGUAUCCAUAGAUCGACUAUAAUGAGCAUGAGCUUGCUCAUGUCAGGAGGGUACUUGCUGGCGAUUGCGAGUUCAACUCGUGAUCAGGCCAUGGUGAAUUAUACACACACAAGUGUAAGAAAGCAAAGUUUCCCUAACCAAACCACUGAUGAAUGAAAUGCUUUACCACAGGAGAGCAUGUGUUAGCAGCAAAAAUCAUAUACAAGUUAUAGGAAUUAUUUGAUAAAAUGUGUGAUGAAGCGAGAGAUUACAGGCUUGACUAUACCCUGUAAAAAUGCAUGUAGUUGAGUCAUAUACACACGAACAUGCAUUCCUGUGGUGCAGUGGUUAAGCACUCAGCUUGCCAUCAAGUCAGGCUGAGGUUCAUGCCUUGCUCAGGCUGAAUUUUUUUUUUCUGCUCACAAAGUGGUUACUAUCCACUCUACACCAGGAGGACGGCUGUGUGGUGUGUGUGGUCCCAACAGCUAAUGAGCUCCAAAGCUCCCUCCAGGAGGAUACUGGCUGGUAAUCACGGGUCCAUCAUGUGAUCAGACCAUGAGUGAAUUACACAAUGUAGUGAUAAGUGUUAUUUUCAUUCCUGCCUAAUAGACUAUGGUGUUAAAUGUUGCCUUACAACUAAAAACAGAUUCAUGAGCAGCAAGUUUUCUGCCUGCGUGUUACCUGUGUGUGUCAGGGACAACUUCCACAAGACUAUGACGGCAAUCAAAAGUAGGCCUCUUAUUAAAGCGGUUUUACUCCAGAGUUUUUCUUGUAUCCCAGGAACACUAAUACAUCCGACUUUUUUUUCAGUGCCAUACUUUUUGAGUGAACACAGCUCAUGGUAGUUUUGAUUCUGUCGGGACGGAGGACUGUUAGCCUGGAUGACGACUUUCUUUACUGGUACCCAAGAUACGGUGUGCCACUGGAAAUAAUCUUGUGACAGACUUUCACUGAGUUGACAGCUGUAAUGUUGAGAAGAUCCACUAAUUUACAACAGUAUUACCUGAUCUAGUCUUGGUUUCACUUGAAGCUUAUUUUAGUCGUUUUGUACACAUUAUUUUUGUUACUAGAUCCAUGUACUUAUGUAUUCUCCUGAAUUGCACUUUGUACAUGAAAUGAUUUUUGCGUGUGCUCAGGCCAAUAAAACUCAGUGAAGUUGUAA